ACAUGGCCAAGUUGAAUGAAAAGGAGCUGCGAAGAGCUGUGAAAGAGAUGCUGAAGGGAGCGGACUUGAGUACUUUGUCCGCGAAAAAGAUUCGACUAAAACUUCAAGAAAAAUUCAACACAGAUUUAACUGAAAGGAAGAAAGAAAUUGAUACCAUAGUUAUGGAGUUACUUGAUGAUGACGAAGAUAGUAAUGAUGAUGAUAAAAGUAAUGGCAAAGAUAAAAAGAAAGAGGAAGAAAAAGAAGAGGAAGAGGAGAGUGAAGAAGAGGAGGAGGAAGAAGAAGAGGAAGAGGAACCACCUAGAAAGAAACCCAAAUCUCAAAGACAAAUAGAAAACGAGAGCUUGGGUGAGGUAACGGAUGGUAUGGAUGACGAAGAAAUAGCACGACAACUACAGGAGGAAGAGACUGGUCCUCGUCGUAGUAGCCGUACACCUAAACGACCACCUAAACCAAGCAAAAGAAGCAGAGAAUCUAAAGGCGAUGGUGAACGAAAAGGUAAGGGCUAUGGGAAGCCUUGUUUACUGUCUCCAGCACUGGCUGACAUCAUGGGUACUGAUCAGAUGCCCAGAUGUGAUGUUGUGAAAAAAAUUUAUGAAAUUGCCAAGGAAAGCAGUCUUCUGGACCCAAAGAACAAACAGUAUAUGAUCUGUAAUGAUGACUUAUUUCGUGUGUUUGGUAAGCGACGAGUGCGUAUGUUUGGAAUGAUGAAACAUUUGACUGACCACAUUACAGACCCUCACAAGAUUGAUAAAAGCUGAUAAAUCUUGGACAAGGUGUGCUAGAUGAUAUGGAAGAAGGUAAAAGCUGUCAGGAAAGGGAAUGAAAGGUGUGGAAACUGGACAGGAAAGGUUCUACACAUAUUUAAACUACGAAGGAAACUUACCCAAUUCUCACAGAGCUUGCCCAGAAAACCUGCACUCAUAUUUUUAUAGACAACUUGCUUUUUUCGUUUUCAUAUCUUAUAUAUGUGAUGGUAUGUGUUUGUGAAAUAUAUAUCGAGUCAUGAUAUUGUGUUCUAGUUAAAAUGUAUAUACCAGGUGUGUAUGGUUAUCUUAAUACUGUAUGUCAAUGGUAGAUCAUAGCUGUAUUUUUGAACAAUUUCUCUAUUUGUGUAUAUAUACAUGGAGUAUUUUGAUUUUAAAAGAACAUGUCAUAUGUGUUAGAGUUUGUAUGGUAUUAUGUAGCAUAAUCAUUAUAUGAUUUAUAUUUUAACAGAAAUAGCCUGAGACCUAAAAUGGGGUCACAUGCUUAACUUCUCAUUAGUGUAAAUAGGAAAAUAUUAUGGUUAACUUUCCUCAUUACUACUCUUCAGUAGUUAACUUUCACAGAGCUUAAUGAUUGGAGAUGUCACUCUCUGAUCUCUUUGCAGAGAUAAAAUUUUAUCCUGUAUAAAUGUUUUUGUUACAAUGUAACAGAUAAAAUUUCUGAAUCAUUGUGUGUUUAUGUUCUGAUAAAUUGUGUUGAUAUUUGCUGAGGUUUUAAUUCAGAUAACUGCAGACAUUGCUUAAUCAAAUAUUUUAUGACCAUCGCUUACUUCUCUGUGUGAUGAAAUGUUGGCUAUUUGGGUUGUCAUACUUAACAUGAUUCCUUAUAUCUUUUAACUGAUAGUAAAUAUAGCCCUCUUGUACUGGAAAGCAAGCUUCCCGAUCAGUGGAAAUAAAAGUUCCUACUAAACAGAACAAGUUAUCUAUACUAGUGGAAAAAUGAAAUGCAAGUUUAUUUUUCAUAAUUAUUUUACAUGAUUCAUUGAUGAUUAGUUCAUCGUUUGGGUUUUUUGAUUUUCUAAUUUUAUUACUGAAUACAUUUUGAUGAUUUUUGUUGUCCUAUCACAGAUGGCAUUUGCAUGAAUAGCGUUAAAACAAGGAUACCCUAUGCUCUUCUGUGAUCUAAAUUUGUGGCAUGUGUGCCCACCCCAGGCUUCAGUCACUGCUCUUACUCUCCUUAAUAUUGACCCCAUUAAGGUGUUUAUUGUCCUUUGAUGGAUAUUAUUCCACUCCUGAAUAAGGGCCUGUGUGAGUUGAGUAAUGGUAUAUGGGGAGUUGACACUCUUCCUAACCCUUCUGUCCAGCUCAUCCCACAAAUGCUUGAUUGGGGACAAAUCUGGACGGUAUGGUGGCCAAUCAAGAACUGGGAUGUUGUUUUGAGCCAGAAAGUCAUGACAAACCUUAGCAACAUGGGACCUCUUGUUGCCCUGCUGUAAUGUAAGGUAACAUUGAUUGAUAAGAGGUCGACAAUGAGUGCCCGCAUUUGAUAUCGGUUGUCUGUUGUACACAAUGUUGCUGGGCUACAUGAUGUUUUGAAUGCCCCUUCAUUAUCAGACAAAAUGGUACUACCCCUAUCAAGUUCAUUCAUUCUCAGCAUUUCCCUCUACAAUCACUUCAAACAGAAAUGUGUAGCUGAUCUUUACUGUUCCAAUGUUCAAUUUGUAAUGAUUUACCAGCACAUAUGGUGCAUGAGUACCCAGCUUUCUUGAAAAAUCUGCUGAAAGCAUACAGGGUCAAGCAGGGUCACAGUUGAAUCUUACCUGAGGAACAUUUUCACAGUGGACAGAGGUAUCUCAGUGUCAAAUUUAAUUAAAUUUCGUCCACAUGUCUAAAAGUUAUAUUACAAAAACUGCACUUGCGUUUCUUUUUCCGUUGUAUAGAUGUAUAUGACAUAGCCAAUUUCAUUUUCUUUCUAUUUCCAUGUGUAGGCCUCAUCAUUUCUAUUUGCUGAGAGUGUUUACCAAAAAAGAGAUAUUGAAAACCUUAAUUAGUCCACCAUAAUCAGAUGGCUGGCAAGUCAAAUUGCCCCAUGUUUGUCAUCCAUCGUCCAUUUGUAAACAAUUUUUGUUUUGCUAAUCCUUGAGAAAGACUGGUGGAUCUUUCUCACAUUUCAUAUUUAGGCUCCUCUUGUUCUCUCUGUACCCAUUUGAUUUUAUGACUGUUCAAAAUAACAAAAUGGGUGACAGGAGGCCAUUUUGUAGGUUCCCCUUGUGUACUUGGUUGUUCCCAUUUAUUUUGAAACUGAUCAGAAAAACAAAAUCGCUGCUAAGCGACCAUCUUGGAUUUGACACUAAAAGAUUAUUAUUAGUAGUUCUGUAAAGAAAUGUUCAAAUUUUAUAUCAUUCAGAGCAAAAACGGAGGAGAGAAGGGGAAGAAUGGAAAAGACGAACUUUUAAAGAACAAAUAAAGAUCAAACAAUAUUGGCUGCCAAGAUCCCACUGGGAUCUCAUGUUUUCAUAUAUACCAAUCCCUUCCUAUGUCUUAUCAUGGUUAAACUAGCUUCUUUUAACUAGAAGACAUUUCUUUUAAACUCAAAUGGUUUUGAACUUGGCUACACACUAUUGUCAGGUUUAGUCAUAUCAAUGGGUUUAUCAAUUUUUUUUAUCAAAUUAGUCUUUGGUAGAUCAAUGCAUUUUUCAAAACGAGAUUAGACAUCACUUACUAGGAGAGAUUUGUCAUUUUCUCUCCUUGAAACUGUUUUAAAUCUUUGCUAUGGAAUAUCUUAUCAUACAUUUUUGGGGGGAUUACAUACCUAGUUCUGUAUACAGUCACAAAAUCACAGAUGUAAAGUGGCUCUUAGAUCUGUGUGAAUGAGUAAAAAAUAGUUUUCAUUUUAAAAUGAUUUCCUUUUAACUUUUUAAUAUUAAAAGGAAAUUAAAUGGCAAAUGAUAAAGGAAAAAAAGACUCUAGGAAAGAUACUUUUUAUUUAUACAAUUAUGAUGUUCAUUUCCAAAUAUCUUUAUUUUGACAGGUUCAGUUUAAGAGAAAAGCACUGGCUGGUUUUUAAAUGUUUACCAUGUAAGUAAUUAUCAUAUAAGAUUUUUUUGGUCCUGAUAGUAGGGGUUUCUUCUAUUAUGCCUAUGAGAAUUACUUAAUUUGUUUACUAACAUUCCUUCAUCAGAUUGAACUUGUUGGGGUUUUUUUUACAUUAGAUCGUUCUUGGAGGGUGAAAAUAUAUUUGCCACAAAAACAGGUACAUAUGAAUAUAUUCUGAUAUUUUUGUCAGAAAGGUGCUUCAAAUAUUAUGACCCAUACAGUAUUUGGCUUAUUCAUUUAUUUUUACAGAUGCCAAUUUUUUUUUAAACAGGAAAACUAAAGAAUUGUGAAAGAAAAAAGAAAUGUUCCAAAAAUUGAAAAAAAAAUAAAAAAUAAAAACAGAUAAAUGAAAAAGGGAGUACCAUAUUUAAUCCAAAGAAUAAAAAAUAUCACUGGAUUCAGUGAUUUUGCGACUCAGUGUUUUAGUCCUAGACUCCUGCUUUUCCUGUAGGGCUCAUCAGUGUUUUAGUCCUAGACUUCUGCUUUUCCUGUAGGGCUCAAUGGAAUUUUGGGACCCUUCUAUAUCCCUUAUUAUUGGAACUCA